AUGGAAGAGCCAACGCCAGCCGAGAUCGAAAACGAAAUUCCCUCCAUCUUCAUCCCACCUUCCGUGAUUCCUUCCUCCCUCCUCUCCGGCCGAUCCUACACUCACUUCUCCCCUGUUCCCCCAUCACUUCUCGCCUCAGCCGCAAAAUCCGUCCCCGUUUGCCUCGGCGUCGAUGAAGCCGGCCGUGGUCCCGUCCUCGGGCCAAUGGUCUACGGCAUCUUCUACCUCCCUCUCCCACUUUCCGACCCCCUCCUCCGCCAAACCCACCACUUUGACGAUUCCAAAGUCCUCACCCCGCAAGUCCGCUCCUCCCUCAUGCAAACGCUCUCCACCGCUGGAUCCGAUCUUCACCAGUCCUGCGGUUGGGCAACCACACUUCUCUCAGCAGGCGAUAUUUCCGCCGGCAUGAUGCGCCCUUCCAAUGCCGGCGGGUCCUACAACCUCAACGCGCAAGCCAUGGACGCAACCGUACAACUGAUCCAGGGGAUCUACGACAGGGGGGUCAACAUUCAGGAGAUCUACGUCGACACAAUCGGGCAGCCCGCUGUCUACCAGAAGAAGCUAGAGAGGAUAUUCCCAACGGCCAAGAUCACAGUGGCCAAGAAGGCAGAUAGCCUGUACCCUUGUGUCAGCGCCGCCAGUGUAUGCGCCAAAGUCACGAGAGACGCCGCCUUAGAGGUUUUGUGGAAGACUAGGGGCAGACCGCCCGCCAGGGAGGAAGAGAAGGACAAGAACGAGGAGGACACGGAUAUGGAAUGGGGUUCGGGUUACCCGUCAGACCAGAGAUGCGUUACUUGGCUACGCGGCAACAUGCACCCUGUGUUUGGCUGGGGUCCAGAGUGCCGAUUUAGUUGGGGAACUGCGAAGGAUAUGCUCGAGGGUCCCAAGGGAGUCAAGGUAGACUGGCCGGUGGAUGAUGAUGGUGACACUCACCGCCUCACGGAUUUCUUCUCUGCUAAGGACCAGGAAGAAGGCGACGAGCUGGGCACAUGGUUUGGGACACCAGCUGGGCUGGAGGCGUUUUGA